AUGAGAGAAUGCAUUUCGAUUCACAUAGGACAAGCUGGCGCCCAGAUUGGGAACGCUUGUUGGGAGCUGUACUGCUUGGAGCACAGUAUUUCUAAGGAUGGAAAGUUGAUUCCGGAUCCGGAUGUACAGAAAAAAACUGAUGGUCAAUCAGUAUCAACGUUUUUUUCUGAAUCGUCUGGUGGAAAGUACGUACCACGUGCCAUCUACAUCGAUCUGGAACCAACAGUUUUAGACGAAAUUCGGUCCGGUGAAUUUAAACAGCUUUUCCAUCCGGAACAACUAAUAAGUGGUAAGGAAGAUGCCGCCAACAACUAUGCUCGCGGACAUUACACUAUCGGCAAAGAGCUGAUUGAUCAAGUGUUAGAAAAGAUCAGGCGACAGACGGAACCAUGCAUGGGACUUCAGGGUUUCCUAGUGUUCCAUAGCUUUGGUGGUGGUACAGGUUCCGGUUUCACCUCACUUUUGAUGGAGCGACUUUCUGUUGAAUACGGAAAAAAAUCUAAACUUGAAUUUAGUGUUUAUCCAGCUCCGCAAGUCUCAACUGCUGUCGUAGAACCGUAUAAUUCAAUCCUCACUACUCACACUACCCUAGAGCAUUCAGAUUGUUCGUUUAUGGUUGAUAACGAAGCCAUUUAUGACAUAUGUCGUCGAAAUUUAGACAUCGAGCGACCGUCGUAUGUGAAUCUAAACAGGCUGAUCGCUCAGGUCGUUUCCUCGAUUACCGCCUCCUUGCGUUUCGAUGGUGCAUUGAAUGUUGAUCUCACAGAAUUUCAAACUAACCUGGUACCUUAUCCACGUAUCCACUUCCCGUUAGCCACAUACGCUCCAGUUAUUUCAGCAGAAAAAGCUUAUCAUGAACAGCUUAGUGUCGCCGACAUUACUGCAAUGUGUUUUGAGCCAUACAACCAGAUGGUAAAAUGCGAUCCGAGAAGGGGAAAGUACAUGAUAAUUACUUGGAUGCGAAUGUUACAGGCGGUUUGUUUGCUAUACAGGGGAGACGUCGUUCCAAAAGAUGUUAAUGCUGCAAUUGCAACAGUGAAAACAAAACGUGGAAUUCAAUUUGUAGACUGGUGUCCCACCGGAUUCAAAGUUGGUAUCAACUACCAGCCGCCAACAUCUGUCGCAGGGGGUGAUUUAGCUAAGGUCCAUCGUGCAGUAUGCAUGCUUUCAAACACAACAGCAAUUGCCGAAGCUUGGGCACGACUUGAUCAUAAGUUUGACCUGAUGUACUCUAAACGAGCGUUUGUCCACUGGUAUGUCGGCGAAGGUAUGGAGGAAGGGGAAUUUACUGAAGCCCGUGAAGACUUAGCUGCUUUGGAAAGGGACUAUGAAGAAGUAAGCAAAGACUCAUCAGCUAUGGAAGAUGAAGAUGAAUUUUAA